GCUGUGCUCAAAGCCGGAGUGGGAGGCGCUUAGAGCAGCUCGGCAACCGGAUCGCGCGCACGACUCUCCUGAACGCUCUACAGGGUGUGUGCAGGAACCUCUGUGCUUUUCCUCUGCGGCACGCCGACUGCCAGAAACUCGCCAUGUCUAUUCUCAAGGUCCACGCCCGAGAGAUCUUUGACUCCCGUGGGAACCCCACUGUUGAGGUUGAUCUCUACACCUCAAAAGGUCUCUUCCGAGCUGCUGUGCCCAGCGGUGCCUCCACUGGCAUCUAUGAGGCCCUGGAACUCCGGGACAACGAUAAGACCCGCUACAUGGGGAAGGGUGUCUCAAAGGCUGUUGAGCACAUCAAUAAAACUAUCGCACCUGCUCUGGUUAGCAAGAAACUGAAUGUGGUGGAGCAGGAGAAGAUCGACAAGCUGAUGAUUGAGAUGGACGGCACUGAGAACAAAUCCAAAUUCGGUGCUAAUGCCAUCCUGGGAGUGUCCCUGGCUGUCUGCAAAGCUGGUGCUGCAGAAAAGGGGGUGCCCCUCUACCGCCAUAUCGCUGACUUGGCUGGCAACCCUGAAGUCAUCCUGCCAGUCCCAGCUUUCAAUGUGAUCAACGGCGGGUCUCACGCUGGCAACAAGCUGGCCAUGCAGGAGUUCAUGAUCCUCCCUGUGGGGGCCUCCAGUUUCCGUGAAGCCAUGCGCAUUGGGGCAGAGGUUUAUCACAACCUGAAGAAUGUCAUCAAGGAGAAGUAUGGGAAGGAUGCCACCAAUGUGGGUGAUGAGGGCGGGUUUGCGCCUAACAUCCUGGAGAACAAAGAAGCUCUGGAGCUCCUGAAGAACGCAAUUGGAAAGGCUGGCUACACUGACCAGGUUGUCAUUGGCAUGGACGUGGCCGCCUCUGAGUUCUUCAGGUCUGGGAAGUAUGACUUGGACUUCAAGUCUCCUGAUGAUGCCAGCAGGUACAUCACCCCCGACCAGCUGGCUGACCUGUAUAAGUCCUUCAUCCGGGAGUAUCCAGUGGUGUCCAUCGAGGACCCCUUUGACCAGGAUGACUGGGAAGCCUGGCGGAAGUUCACCGCUAGUGCAGGCAUCCAGGUGGUUGGGGACGAUCUCACGGUGACCAACCCGAAGAGGAUCGCCAAGGCCGUCAGUGAGAAGUCCUGCAACUGCCUCCUGCUCAAAGUGAACCAGAUCGGCUCCGUGACCGAGUCUCUGCAGGCGUGUAAGCUGGCCCAGUCCAAUGGUUGGGGCGUCAUGGUGUCCCAUCGCUCUGGGGAGACUGAGGAUACUUUCAUCGCUGACCUGGUGGUGGGUCUCUGCACUGGGCAGAUCAAGACUGGUGCCCCUUGCCGAUCCGAGCGCCUUGCCAAGUACAACCAGAUUCUUAGAAUUGAGGAAGAGCUGGGCAGCAAGGCCAAGUUUGCCGGCAGGUCCUUCAGGAACCCCCUGGCCAAGUAAAAUGGAUGGAGAUCCCUGGAGCCACCAGCUGCUUAGACCCUGUCCCUGAUGUCAUCAAGGCGGCGCAAGGCCGGCCCAGUGCUUGCCCCUCCCAUGCCACUGCUUCCUUAGACGUCUUCAGUCCGCCUGACCACCUGGAGCCCUGCUGGAAACCCCAGCUUUGUAAUCAUGUGACUGGUCUGAAUCAUUGUCACCUCACUUCCAAGCUAGUAUCUGGAACCCAGUGUAAUCUCUAGGGUGGCCACAGGAAAGACCCCUGCCCCAGCGGUUCUACCUACAGAAUAAAAGCCUCAGUGACCCAUA